GGUAUCACAUCGUCCAGAUGAUUAUCUUCUGUAAGGUAGAGGAAGACGGGAAAAGGAGCGGACACUGGCAGUACGGCUACGACGGACGGGAUUUCCUUUACUACAACAUGGACACCUCCACCUGGAUCGCAGCCGACAUGGAAGCCCAGGAAAUCAAGCGGAAAUGGGAGCGCGAAACCGCCAUCAAGCAGCGCUUCACGGCCUACAUGGAGAGCACCUGCAUGGAGUGGCUGCAGAAGAACGACCGCUACGGAUUGAAGUUGAGGAAAGGAGGUGGAGGAUGGGAUGGAGACGCACAUCUGCUGCAUGGAUGGCUUCUACCCCAGGGACAUCGAUGCCACCUGGAGGAGGGAUGGGGAGGUCUGGCUGGAAGAGACCUUCCAUACGUCUGUGGCCCCCAACGCGGAUGGGACCUACCACUACUGGAUGAGCAUCCAGAUCGACCCCAAAGAGAGGAGCCGCUAUCGGUGCCACGUGGAGCACGACGGCCUGCAGGAGCCUCUGGACAUGGAGCUGAAGGUUCCAGGAUCCAAGUCCAACUUGUGGCUGAUCAUCGGCAGUGUUGUGGGUGUCCUCGUGGCAUGUGGAGUUGCUGGGAUCUUAUUAUGUCUCAAAUUCAAGAAAGGAAAGGAUGAGCCAAGGAGGGAACCUGGUCAUGAACCUGUGACCAGUUGCUGAGCAAUCGUCUGAAAGUACAGUGGACCUCCUCAGAGUCUGAAGCGAGAUGGGAGCACAGGAAACGUUCCCACGUGGCUCUUGGUUCAUGUCAAGAUGAUGACUUCCUGGCUGUGGAGGAGCUAUUCGGAGUCCAAUCGAAUUGACGAAAUGUUUGCAAAUGUAUUCAGAUGUUUCUAAGCUUUUUAACCGCUGGGAUAUUUAGCAAGUAGCAAAAGUUACGCCGAGUUCAACACAGUGUGGUAAACAAAACAAGGCUAACAAAUCAAGGGGGCUGUGUUCACGCAGCUGCUGCCUCAGAAGAAAUAAAUAUAUAGUUUAAGAUGAAGGGCUGCUUGGUACAGCAAAGACUAAGAUGAACAGCCAAGUUGGUUAAUGCACAAUUCAAGCUUAACUUAGCAAUCUCUGUGAAGUGAGUCUUAAGGUUUCAGACAAGACAAAGAGGUGACAAUGGAAGGAAAGUUAGCAGAAGCUUCUGGGCUGGGAUAUAAAUCCAGUCUGGCUACCUCCAAGUCUUGCCUUUAGAACAGUGUUUUUCCGUCUUGGAAUUUUAAGAUGUGUGGACUUCAUCUCCCAGAAUUCCCCCUCCCCAUGGCGUUUAUGGCUACUUGCAGCUUCCUGCAGCCCCAGGACCACAUUUUAAGAGGUUUGCAAGAUCCCAUCUGGGUCGGCCACGUUCACUCUGGCUGAUCUAUUCGGACUGCAAUUGAAUUGAUGAAAUGCUUGAAAAAUGUAUUUGGAUUGACUGUAAGCUUUUUAACUGCUUGGAGGUUUAGCAAAUAGCAAAACCUAGGCUGAGUUCAGCACAGUGUGGUUGUGUUGGUUGUGAGGUUAACAAACUGGGUCGGUCGUGGUCAUGUCGAUGACUUCUUGGCUGGCUCAGGAAUUCUGGGAAUUGAAGUCCACAGUUCAUAGGAAUAGCACUUAGACUUAUAUACCGUUCCA